AUGCCAGGUUGCGUGGGCUGUCUCAUCCUGUGCCUUGUUCUGGGAGCCUGCGAAGCCUUCACCCUCUACGUGCUGUCCAAAUUCGCUGAGCGCUAUCAGUCGCACACCUACAGUGGCCUUGUACGCAAGGCGCUCGGCCGGAAGCUGUCUGCAAGUCUGUCUGCCAUCCUCAUACUUUACCUGUGGGGCUCAUGCAUCGCCUACCUGGUCAUCAUUGGAGACUCCUUCAGUCCCCUCAUAGCUCUAGGCGUAGGCGAUGGCAGCUUCUUGGCAGACAGGCGGUUUGUGAUCACCACAAUUGGGCUGCUCCUCAUCCUGCCCAUGUGCUUCCCCAGGGACCUUGGGGCUCUGGCCUGGGUCAGCAUGGCUGCGGUGAUUGGGUUCAUGUACACAGCCAUAGUGAUUGUGAUCAGGGGGACCGAGAUUGUGAUGGAGAGGGAGGACCUGAGCGACGUGAAGCUGUUUCGAUGGACCUUUGAUGCGCUUUUUGCCGUCCCCAUCGUCGUCUUUGGCUUCAAUUGCCACGCCAACGUUGUCACUAUCUUCACGGAGCUGGACAAGAAGCCUGCGCUGCUGAUAGGGGCGCUGCCCGCAGAUCCUGCAGAGUACGCGGCCUUGCCGGGCAGCUUUGCCCCGCGGCCGCGCAGCCAGAAGAUGGUGGGCAUGCUGGGGGUCAUUAUAUCUGCCAUCACAGUCAUAAUGCUGGGAUACCUGAUGGUGGGCUUCUCCGGCUACCUGGCGUUCCCCACCACCGUCGAGGGCAAUAUUGCGCGUGGUGUGAUUGGGGCUGUGGUGACUGGGCACUACCCGCUGAACCACCACCCGGCGCGGCUGGCCAUGGAGCACCUGGAGCAGUUCUGCUUUGGCUGGAAGGACAUCUCCCUCUGGUUCUCCUGCUUCCAGAGCAUCAUCUUCAUCAUCACCACCAUCGCCGUGGCCAAUGUGGUGACGGAUCUGGGCGCAGUGCUGCACAUGGUAGGUGGGACGGCGGCCUCCUACAUGAUCUUCUUCCUGCCAGGCCUCUUGCUCAUCAACGCAGCCAUCGUCAAGAGGACGGCCUCGCUCGCCAACCUGGCUGAAGAAGGACAGGAGACGGAGAGCAGCGCAGUGGAGGAGGCUGACAGCAGCGCCGGUGCAGCGCUGGAGUCACAGGAGGAGCUGGCCAUGAGCUUCCUGGCCAGCCGCCAUGAGCAGGGCAUCAAGCGCGUGGGCCUGAUCUACUCUCCUCGCAAGAGCUGGUGGGCAGGCAUGAUCUUCGUGGUGCUCAGCAUCGUCAUCUUCAUUAUCACCAUCGUCACCGCGUUUGUGCACUGAGCCUGCGAAGGCCACAUGGCUCUCGCUGGUCCAGCAAUUAUAGCUGAGAGAGCCUGGAAGCAGUGUGUGACAUGACCUGCAAUGCGGACGGCACGUGUCAUUUUGGCAUUUGAUGCGCCAGUAUUGAUUUAGCCCGCCUGUUUUGCCCAUUCCUUUUGCAUGGACUGAUGAAAUGGCUCUGCUGCUGCCAAUGCUGAAAAUGCUGCAGGCAGCCGAAGAAUAGCCGUUCAUUUUUGGGACAAUGUACAUGUGUGCCAAUGGCAGUGGAGCUCUGUAUACAUGUAGCUAUGCAGAAC